AGGCGGCGUGAGCUGACCGAGCGCUGUUUGCGCAGGGCGCUUGGCCGUGUGACGAUGGGGUGGUUGCGUUCUUGUUGACGGUGCGUGCGAGGUCGUCAGGCCGACGACCAUGGUGACAUAGGAGGCAACGUCGGCCAAAAAGGCUCGCAGUGUGCCGGUCCGAGAGAAGCGGCCGCCGUAUGGCGAAGGCGGCUCAGCCGUUCGCUCCGGCCGUUGCCUGCGCGCCGGUCACAAAAGUGGAAAUCAGCGUCUCUUGCAGGCAACUCAAAGACAAGGACUUUUUCUCCAAGUCUGACCCUAUGUGCGUUCUGUUCAUGAGAGAAUGUGAUAGUGACAAUUGGCGCGAGGUGGGGCGAACAGAGACUGUAGACAACUGCCUCAAUCCCGAUUUUGUGACCAAGUUUCUUGUGGACUACUACUUUGAGGAGCGACAGCAACUUUUGUUCAAACUGUAUGACAUCGAUAGCCCUAGUGUGGACCUUCAGAAUCACGACUUUCUCGGUCAGGCUAGCUGUACUUUGGGAGAGCUCGUUGCCUACCAGGGCACACAAGUCAAGUUCCAGCUGUCGGGACUCCCAGGCAACUGUGGCACCAUUUUGUGUGACGUGCAUGUUUUCUUUUUCUGCCAGCGGGUCAUUGACAUGCAGUGGUACGCUCAGAAGCUGGACAAGAAAGACUGGUUUGGGAAGUCGGACCCUUUCCUCGAGUUCUACCGCAUCAGCGAAGACAACACGUACACAGCUGUAUUCCGCACGGAAGUGGUGAAGAAGAGCUUGAACCCAACAUGGCGGCCCUUCGCCAUCCAGAUGCGUCAGCUGAGUGGAGGCGACGAGGACCGUACCAUCCGUGUUGUCUGCUACGACUGGGACUUUGACGGAGGCGUGUCUCGCAGCCACGAUCUCAUUGGAGAGUUCUACACCAACGUGCGCACGCUUGCUGAGGGACCUGGGCCAGCGAACGAGUACGAGCUCAUCAACAAAAAGAAACAGGCUAAGAAAAAGAAGUACAAAAAUUCGGGUGUGGUGAAGUUGAUGUCUUUUGGAAUCCGUGAAGAGGCCACAUUUCUUGACUACAUUCGUGGCGGCCUGCAGAUGCACUUCACUGUGGCCGUGGAUUUCACUGCAUCGAAUGGGGACCCCCGAGAUCCUGCAUCUCUGCACUUCCUGGACCCGUCGCAGCCGAAUGCAUACAUGAUGGCCAUACAGGCAGUUGGUGAGGUGAUCCAGGAUUAUGACUAUGACAAGAUGUUCCCCGCGCUUGGCUUUGGUGCACGGCUGCCACCUGAUGGAACUGUGUCGCACGAGUUCUUCCUCAAUGGUCAUCCAACAGACCCGUACUGUGUGGGCAUCGAGGGUGUCCUGGAGGCCUACCGGAGGACCCUGCGGUCUGUGCAGCUGUACGGGCCCACGAACUUUGCACCGGUCAUCAACCAUGUGGCAAAGUUUGCGAGGACGUACCGUGACGGAACAAGCUACUUUGUGCUGCUCAUCAUCACGGACGGGGUCAUCAGCGACAUGCCGCAGACUCUCGAGGCCAUUGUGCAGGCCUCCACCCUGCCAAUGUCCAUCAUCAUUGUGGGUGUGGGCAAUGCUGACUUCUCAGCCAUGGAGGUGCUGGACGGGGACGUGGUGCGAGUGAGCUCGCGGGGUCGCGCGGCCGAGCGGGACAUUGUGCAGUUUGUGCCCUUCCGCAAGUUCCUCCAGGGCGGGCCCUGGCAGAGUAACCAGAUGCGGCUCGCUAAGGAGGUGCUGGCCGAGAUCCCCGACCAGGUCACCAGCUACAUGCUCAAGAACCACGUCAAGCCCGGGCCGGGCUCUGUUUCCCAAGGCGGCACCUCCUGAGUGCCAAAAGCAGCACACUGUAGACAAGUAGCCAGCACAGUCUUUCACGUAGAGCUGGCCCACUGUCGAAAUGCUAGAGCAGAGGCCCCCACCCCCUCCCAUUCACUAGGCUGGCUGCGCUGGGUUACGGGACUGGUCUCGUUGCGACUGCACACACACACACAAUACACUUUGCUGUCGCUUGUGUGGAGGCACAGGUACGCAAUGCUCUCUUGCAAGUUCUUCUGGACUGCUGUCAAAUGAAUAGAACAUUGCAGGCGCUUGUGGUUGCCCACACUGUUUGAUAUUGGGGAGGAAUAAAGUGUGAGAAUGCAAGGCUAUCGACAGUGCUUCAAGCACCAGGUUGUCAACCUUGCCCGUGGGGAAACCUGCACGCAGAACCUGAAAGUCGCACAAAGGGCAUGUGCAGUCAUCUCAGUGUAUGACAGAUUCAUCAUCUUGAUGACGAAAACAUGUCUCUGCCCUUUGACAGCAGUCCAAAAGUCUUGGAAGGGCGUGUAGCUUUGGCCAGUGUUUCCACGACUUGGCCAUGUCCAAAGCUCAAUCUCGCAUUUUUGUGCCUUUGCCUUCAGCCACAAGCAACUAGCGACAAGCUGUGUUGAAUAUGCUCAGUGGGUUGAACAAAGGGAAUAGAGGCGUGCCACUCCUGCAGACAGCAGGCUGUACAUGUGCCGUCUACCCCAGUGACAGAGAGAUCCAUUAGACUAGGAGACAGAAACAAGUUCUACAUCGUGCCAACAUUAGACUCAUCUGAUCUGUAAAAAAUUAUCAUGGUAGAGACUAUGUUUUCACUGUAUAUAUGGCUUAUGUGCAUCACAGACACCACAUUGGAUCAUCAGUCACAGCCCCUCUAGGGAGAUAAGCAGACUUGAUAAGGUUUGAUGAAAUGUGACAUAUUGUGGUUCAAUCAGCAUAAAUUGUGUCAUUGUUUAGCCACAUUGUCUAGUCGGCCACACUGGGAUGGCGGCUGCUUUUUAACGCGAUAAAAGAAAAACUUGGCAUUCAUUUGAAUGUAGCACUACAUCACAAAGGAACUCUAGAACUUGUUCCUGAGCUGGUUGGUAUCUAUGCUUGCCAAACGAAAAAUACAGGAGGAAAGAGACGGAUGGUGCUCCACUGUCUCCUCUCCGUCCUUUUUUCUUGUUUCAAACAUUGCUCCAAGAAAAACACGUUCGGCGAACUACAGAGAAAACGAUUGUCAAAACAGCGCAUAUGCAACAGGCAAACGCAAAAUGACAUACCGAAUAACCAACCCUCCCCAAUCACCACCCUUGCUACAAAGUACCAGGGGUGCUACAUGUUUUAUGAUAGAACAUACUAUCUCGCCGAAUGGGAUUUGGCAAGGCCUAGUUCGCUACAGUAAAAGCUAGUUAGUUUGACCCCUGUUAAUUUGGAUAAUUUGGACGUAUUCUCUGGUCCUGGCAAGCUUAUGUAUUGUUUAAUGGCAUCAAACUCUUGUUAAUUCGGUCCUAUUUGGCUGCCACCCGGUUAAUUCGGACGAUCCUCGCAUUACGCCAAGCGCAAAGCAUUGCAAAUGUGUGAUGAAAGGAGUGAAAACAGCAUUUGCGAACAACCACAAUGGCCGCAGGCGUUCAGAAAGGCGUGGUUGCAAUACAUGAUUGUGCAUUGGCGAGCCAGGUCUAUACAGCAGCAGGUGCGAUGCUCAGCAGUUUCGUUUCGACUCUGGACAUAAGCCGCCUUCAGAACUACAUGGAUGCUAUAGUCGUGCCUUUAGCGACCACACUUUCAUCCACAGCGGAUGCAGCACUCAGUAGCUUCAUUUUCACUUUGGGCAAUGCACGUGCAAUGUCACAAAACUCAAACAUGGUGGAAGCUGUUGAAGAUGAAGAGCUUCAGCCGCGGUACACAGGCUGGCAUAAAACUCGCUUGCUACAUUGUGAUGGACGAAUGAUCUGUUGCCAGCCAUUUUUCCGGCUAAAAAGUUGUUACUUGCACAUGGUGGUAUUGAUGGUUGCAGUACGUGAUAAGGGAGGGGUGCGGAGAAGGUAUUGGAUGACUUAAGACACGGGUGUCUUGUGCCACGGUCACAUUGUGGACGAAGUCACAAAGGACGAAAAUUGCUGCUUUUAUACUGCUCUUAUGCAAUUCAAGCAUUCAACAAGAAAAUGAAAAUCUAUUGAUGUAAUAGACACUUGUUUAUCGCUUUCUUGAUACUUUCGAUAACUUGACAUUUGGUUAAUUCGGACAUUUUUUCUGGUCUCGUGGCGUCCAAAUUAACGAGCUUUUACUGUAUAGUCAUAUGCAUCAUAUGGGGGUAUAGCAACAGGAAGAGGCAGUUCUGUCAAUCAUAUGUGUUGUCUGCUAGGCCAGCACCUCCUCCUAUUUUUGCAAUGCCAGUCAUCCAACCGUUCACCACCCUCUUCUAUCAUCCUGUCCUACUUGCACCUGCUUUGAGUUCAUGGGGGGAGUACCCUUUAGGUGGUGCCUCACGAUGAAAGUCAGAGGAGGCAAUUUUUGGUUCAGUUGCGUUCAUAUCCGUGGAGCGUCAUCUUCUUUCCUUCAUGAUCACCAUGUCGGUUGUCAUGCUGGCUCUUUAAGAAAUGUGGUGUUUUGAGAUGGCACAUUUCCAUUCGUGGAGCUAUGAAUGCUACGACGUGGAUGUGUCACUGGGCCCCGCUGCUGCAUGCACUGGCUUUAAAAUGUGCCACACGAGCGCUGUGUGGUGGCGGUGGUAUUGCUUUGAGCCACAAAGGAAGGAGCAUGAAGGAACAAAUCUGACAGACACGCAAUAUAUGAGGACAGCAGGUCUACCGCAUUUUUACGGGAACGGCAGUGUCACGAGCUUAGACGCACGUGUGGCGCAAACAGCCGUACCAUCUAGGUGGCGUCGCACCGCGGUAACUCCGUGAACUAAGACUGACUAAAGGCUCAAUCUUCUGUCUGGCUUAAUCCAAUCUCAUGCCAACAGGUUGCGAAAAUGGCCAUUAGUGCCACCUAGCACCCGAUCAAGACAUUAAAACAAAUAAAUUGUCAAUGUCAUCAGGCUCUUCAAUUUCAGUCUUUGAAAGGCAAUGCCCCCAAAUAUUAAUAUUCAGUUAUAAUAAUUUUAUAUUUCUUCAUGCGUUGCAAAACAUUUCUGAAUUCCCUCAGCAGACGGUCAAUAGGCGACUCAUUCUUCUGGAGCCCUUCACCUCCUGGCUGUUUGCUCCCCCUUGUUCCCUCGUGACAUUACGUUCCGUUUUAUCAUAGCAUGCAUAGAAGAUUGCACCCCUGUUCUUCAGAAAACAGAAUUGCACACUUGAAAGAAAGAUUAUCUCGAUCUGGAAACUGAAACUUGGCACCACUGCUUCUUUAUGGCAGUUGCCUUGCCAGCUGAGCUGACCAUGAGAGAUUAUUAAUGUCAGUAAGUGGGAAAUGGGUGGUUAUUGAGACAAAUUAUAGAGGAAACACUGGGCAACCACCUUAAAGGGGCCUGGCAACACUUUUUGAACAUGGUCAGAAAAUGCUGCCGAUUGGUAGUUGAGGCUCCUGCGAACAUGUGAGUUAAACAUUAUAGCGCAGCACGCGCCAUGGAAUUUUAUACAAUUAAGUUUCAAGGUCGGCUAGAAAUCGACUCGCUCUUCUCUCGACAAAUGAUGCCAUAAGCUCAAUUUUUACUUCUUCAUAGGCGCACGGCCAUCGGCUCAUAUGAGCAUCGUGAGCUGCAUAGUUGCUGCGACUGCCACGCUUGAUAGGGCUAGAAUUGCAGACAAUAUUACGUCCUGUAAUACUGUGUGCACACAAACCAACUAGCCCAACUCUCCCUUUUUGCUACACAAUAUAGAAUCACACCAGCGCGCUCGUGAUCAUACUGAAAGUCAGCCACACAUUAAAAAAAAAAGAGUGCUCAAGAUCAUGAUGCGUACUGACUUGGCUUCUUGCCCUCUUUGUCAUCUCCCCCUGAGCAGCUUUCAGCGAGCUUGCUGAGAUGAAAGGAAAAAGCACUUAAAGCAUGCGACAAAUCUCUGUAACUCUGCCCAUACUUUAUGCAGCAGACAAUGAACUCCAAUACUAAGGUCAUUUGUUGAUUACUUGGAAAAGUAUUGCUGGGCCCCUUUAAAGUGCUUUGAAAUGAGCAAGGUACCUCACACAAAUUCAUAACUGGCAAAAUUUCUCAAACGGGCACACUAUUUACAUUCUGCAUACCCCCCUCCAUGUUGACCACUAUUCCACUAUUCCAAAGGAGCGGUGUGGUGUCCCACCAAUGCGUUGCGCUUCAUGCCUACCGAGUGGUUGUGCCCAAGUGUGAGCCGAUAGCAGUGUUUUUCUCCCGUGGGAGCGUGCAGAUCUUAUAAAAAUGCACAUUUUCAACUAGUGAUACAGAUGUUUAACUGUGUCGGUUAGUGUAAACAAUGUGAGGAUGUGCAAUGAUCCAAACGUCCUGCCUGCUUCAUGUCAACUAUUGGCCAGUGGUAGCUCUUUAUAGGAAUAUACAUGUUGUCGAUCAGAGGGAGAUUGGCCAACUUGGUGCCUCGCUUCUGAAUUCCAUAUGCUUUUAGAAAAUUUUGCAGCAUAGAAGCUCCGUCAUCUAUGUGGAGCAUGCUUUCUCAUCAAGCUCCUUUAACGAAGCUACAAAGAAACCCUAACAUAGUUGGACCUCUCCAGCAGCUCAAUGGAGGUGGUUCUCCAGCGUGGUGUUUGUGAUGCAAGCCACCUUAUUGGUAAGCUAAUGUGGGUACUGUCUGCACCAGUGUUCUUCAGUCAUACCAGUGACAAAACUCCGUUCUGAAAUUGGGGCACGCCCAUGGAUGAAUGUGCGGAGAACAGCAAACAGAUCUGGGAGUGAUGACGGAAAACACAAUGCAUUGCAACGAUUGCGGCAGUCUUUGCUGUCACCGCACAAGUUGUUAUGGCAUGAAUUGGGAGAAGUGCUUUCAAAAAAAGGUCGAAGAGUUCAUCUGCAAAAUUUAAGCUGCAAGCGUAAGCACACUGCUUGCUUCAUCGAUGUGGCAUUGCUAGCAGCCUUGAGAAUCGGAACACACAAUAAUAUUACUGUUUUCGCCUACUGGUGGCACCACAAUUCACAGACCUCUGCUAUUUAGGCCAAUGGCGUGUCCUGAUUUUGAUAUAUAGAGCCUAUGGGGAGUUUCACAACUUGUACGAUUGAAAAACUCUGGUUUGCAUGAGCAGGGUGUGUACGAGCUCCUUUAGUUUGGCUUGCUAGGUGUACAUCUUCUGCAACCGUAGUCGCAGCCACUGCACUGGGGCAGACAAGUCUUUUUGUUCAUAUGCAAAGGCUAGCACUCUCCUCCCUGUCUGGCAAAGCCAAUCACGUGUGAUAUUUUUGUGUCGGCUGCAUGCAGUGGGGCACUUACAAACAACGAACAAAACUCCCGCAUGGUAGCUGUUUGCUCAGAGACCGCCCUGUGUGGUCCUUGCAGGAAGGAAUCCCCCCUUGCCAAGAAGGAAUGCCCUCGAUUUGACCUGCCUGUGGUGGGUCUGUGUUGUUGUUGGCCUUGUGUUCCUCCAUGCUGUUUUAAUGUAUGGGGCUUUGUACUGACUAUGUUGGAAGCUUUGCUGUUAUUUUUCUAUUGUGCGGCUGAAUCCACCAAGGGCACUGAACACAAAUAAAAACUCAAAUGUUUUUCUUGUUUGGCAAAA